UAUAUAGUUGAUAUUUUAUAGUUUGGUGCUGCAUGUAGAUUUUUAAACAAUGUAAAAAUCAUUAUAUUUCAUUAGUUUUUAAAGGAGCUUAGGUUUAUUGCAUUUAUUUAAAUGUUUCUAAGGUUUUUGCGUAAUCUCAUUGUUUGCAUGAAGUAUAUCAGUUUAGAGAAGCUUCUGUAAUGAUUAUUGAUUAUUUUCCACUUCUUUUUGUCAAUCUCACUGAUAUAAACAAUUUUAGACCGCUCAUAAUGGAUUCUCAAGAUGUUAAAAACUACUGUUUCUCAAAAACACCACACACUCCGACCCCUGCUGGCACUCAGCUUUCUGAAGAUGUGCAAACUUCUGGUGAAGAGACGUUAGACUUUGAAAGUGUCACCAUCAUCGUGGAUCAACAUAAACCUGUAAAGAAGGAAGAAGAUGAAGGCUAUCUCUAUGGAAAUGAAGAAAGAUCUGAGACAAAUGUCAGUCCUGUUGAGUACUCGGAUAAAGAACUGAUAAAGACUGUAAAAAAAGAAGAAGAACCGGGAGAAGAUGGCUACCACUGUGAAGGAGCACUGUCUGUGAGGCGGGUUAUUAUUGAAGAUGAAGACAGUGAAGCAUCUCAUAACAUAAAAGAGGAAGACCCGGAAGACGAUGACUAUCUUUAUUGUGAAGAUUGCAGAUCCUUUUUCAUCAGCAAGUGUGAAGUUCAUGGCCCAGCUCUCUUUGUCCAAGAUACCCCAGUUCCUAUGGGGGUCAUCGACCGAGCAAAACAAACCCUUCCACUCUGUAUGGAGAUUUUGACGUCUAGCAUUUCUGACACUGACCUGGGAGUGUUUAAUAAGGGAGAUACUGUUCCACUUGGUGCACACUUUGGACCAUACCAGGGAGAUUGGGUAGAUCAAGAGGAAGCCAUGAACAGUGUGUACUCUUGGGUGAUAUACAGGACCAUGCAGAAUGGGGAAUACAUAGAUGCCAAAAGAGAGACACAUGCUAACUGGAUGAGGUAUGUGAAUUGUGCUCGUAACAUUGAGGAGAAGAAUCUCAUGGCAUUUCAGUAUCAAGGAAGGAUUUUUUACCGCUGUUGUCAACCCAUCAAACCAGGGCAGGAGCUCUUGGUGUGGUAUGAAGAAGAGUAUGCUCAACAUCUUGGUGUUAACUUUGACUGUCUAUGGAACAAAAAGUCGCAAAAUGAAAUGAAGAGCAUUCCAUUACAAGUUUUUUCCUGUUCAUUGUGUUCAUUUUCCUACAAGACUCAAAUUUACCUUCACAAACACAUCAAAAGAUGCCAUUAUGAAGAAUAUGAGAGACUCCUAAAAUGUGGCAUGUUUAAAUAUAAUAAUCAGAUGUCCACAAAUGGCUCCAGCAGUCAGCAAAUGUCCUCUGGUAACCUCUGCCCUAUAACUGGGCAAAUACAGAAAGAACCCUUUCACUGCUCAGACUGUGGGAAGAGUUUUACUCAGCCGAGUUAUCUCCUCCAACAUCAGCGUAUUCAUACUAGAGAGAGGCCAUAUCACUGUUCAGAGUGUGGGAAGAGUUUUACAAGACCUGUUAAUCUCCAAAUCCAUCAGCGCAUUCACACAGGAGAGAAACUGUAUCAUUGCUCACAGUGUGGAAAAGAUUUUACUCGCCUAACUAAUUUCCAGUUACACCAGCACAUGCACACAGGAGAGAAGCCGUAUCAGUGCUCUGAGUGCGGCAAGAGUUUUACUCGCCCGGGUAAUCUCCAGCUACACAUGCGCAUUCACACAGGGGAGAAGCCAUAUUACUGCAUACACUGUGGAAAGAGUUUUACACAACAGACAAGUUUCCAGCGUCAUCAGCGCAUUCACACAGGAGAAAAGCCCUUUUACUGCUCGCAGUGCAAGAAGAGCUUUACUCGGCUGAGUACUCUUCAAAGACAUCAGCUCAGUCACACAGGAGAGAAACCAUAUCAGUGCUCAGAGUGUGGGAAAAGUUUUACCCAAGAGAAGAAUCUUCAACUUCAUCAGCGUCUUCACACAGGAGAGAAGCCGUGUCACUGCACACAGUGCGGGAAGAGUUUUACUCGUUUGAGUACUCUUCAAAAACACCAGCAGGUUCACACGGAAGAGAAGCUAUAUCACUGCUCAGUGUGUGGAAAGUGUUUUACACAACAGGUUAAUCUCCGAUUUCACCAGCGUGUUCACACGGGAGAAAAACCAUUUCAUUGCUCAGAGUGUCAGAAGUCUUUUACUCACUUGAUUACUCUCCAGAGACACCAGCGCAUUCACACAGGAGAGAAACCGUAUCAGUGCUCACAGUGUGGGAAGAGUUUUACUCACUUGAGUACUCUCCAGAGACACCAGCUUAUCCACACAGGAGAGAAACCCUAUCAUUGCAUACAGUGUGGAAAAAGUUUUACUCAGCUGAGUACUCUCCAGAAACAUCAGAAAAUUCAUACAAAAGAAAAAGCACACUACAGCUCGUAGUGUAUGAAGACUUAAACAAAAUCUUAAGCUGUAAACAUUUUUAAUUAUUAAUGUGCUUUCUUAUUUGUCUCUUCACAUGUAUAUUUUUUUCAAUUAAAUAUGUGAAUUUCAAGACCAACAACAGAUCAUGGAUUACUAAUAAAAAUGUACAUUUGUCAAGUGCAGUGUCAACCCUUUCCUUAAAUAAUAAAACUAAGAAUACAACAUUGACACAUCCUACAGAGGACAACAUUGUCCUAUUUAAAUGUCAAGAAAUCUAAGUAAUCAUCUAUUUGCAUCAGUAACCGUAAGGGUGAUAUAGUCAAACAUUCUAUUUCAUACUCUCAUAUGCCUGCUGCAUUCUGAGCUUGUUUAUAGGUCUAAGAGUUCAAAUCCAAACUAGAGGUUAUUAAAGCAUGUGUUUAGUGUGAUCAUGUGUUUGAGUUACAAAGGCAUCAAAACAUUACAGUUUACAAUACCCUUUUGUCCAUGAAUACAUAGAGCUGCACCUUUCCCUAAGAGAAGAGUUAUUUAUGCCUAGCUUCAAUUAAGUCCCGCCUAGAGAGAGCUGAUUGGCCCAAACUCUCUCAGAGAGGUACUUAGUGCUCCCACAUUAAUGACGGCUCUACUAUCCAAUCAGGGGGGGACUGUGAGCUCACGCAGGCGGAGGGAGCGAAUAGCGCUGUUCCUCCGAGUGUGUUACGCCACUCCCAACGGUGCGUGAGCUGGCAGUUCGAAAAGAUGGUCGGUGACGUCACGUGAAUCGGAGGAAACGAGGAAACACGUGGGUCGGUCUGCGGCCCUCCCAACUGAGUGGCAGUAGAAGCUUAAUGUGGGAGCCUUCAGUGACUGGAAGGAAUUGGACACAACUAAAUUAGGGGAGAAAAUCUGAAAAUUCUGAAAAAGAGGUCCCAAACACUAGAAAACUGAAGACUAGUAGGCAGAGCUUUGUACAGUAUAAGCUAUGUUAAACGGCCGCCGUGACCAGGGCGGGUCCCAUUGCGAACCACACUGUAAAAAAUCUUAUGUGCUAUCUACUUUAAAAAAAUAUGGUAACACUAUUGCACGUAUUAUUUUUAAGCAGUUUUUAAAGCUUGAUUUUUAAGUAGAAUUUACUUGAAUAAAUCAUGUAAAAAAGCCUAAAUUAUUUAGCCAGAUGCAUAUUAUUUUUAAGUAUUUACAGCUAAAUUUUUUCCCCUAGCGCAAUCUACUUGAAUAAAUCAUGUAAAACGUCCUAAACUAUUUAGCCAGACACAUGAUGAUUUUAACAUUAUUAGUGGAAUAAUCUUUUAUAGUUUAAGCAGAUAAA